AUGUCUAAAGGAAACAAAUACAUACUAGUGGUGGUGGAUUAUGUAUCCAAAUGGGCGGAGGCACAAGCAUUACCAACAAAUGACGGUUGGGUGGUGGUGCGUUUUUUAAAGAAAUUAUUUUCACGAUUUGGAGUUCCGAAAGCCCUUAUAAGUGACCGAGGCACACAUUUUGCCAAUGACCAAUUGGAAAAGGUGUUAAAGAAAUAUGGGGUAACCCAUAAGUUUUCCGCAUCAUACCAUCCACAAACUAGUGGACAAACCGAAGUGACAAAUCGAGCCUUAAAGCGAAUUUUGGAGAAAUUGGUGGGGAGCAACCGCAAGGAAUGGUUAGUUUAUGGAAAGCAAUGCCAUUUACCGGUGGAGCUAAAACACAAGGCGUUUUGGGCUUUGAAGAGGUGUAAUUUCAACAUGGAGGAACUAAAGAGCAACCGGUUAAUGCAAAUGAAUGCUCUUGAAGAGCUAAGGAAUGAUGCAUACUCUAGUUCAUGGAUUUAUAAAGAGAAGAUCAAGAUGUGGCAUGACAAAAGGAUUAAAGAUAAAGAAAUUCAUGAAGGCCAAAAAGUGUUGCUCUUCAACUCAAGACUAUAG